AUGGGGGAACUAAUGGGGAAGAAAGCAAAGAAGAAGGCCCGAGCUUCAACAAAUGAGAAUCUGAGCACGACACUCUCCAAGAAGGUCUCUGAACAGCCUAGUGAAGCCGGGGAAGUAGCUGAGGGGGCUGUCCAAGCAGUCAAGGAGAAACAAGUUUGUGUGCAUUUCGACAAAGGUCUGAACUUGGACAAAGUGUUGGAUAAGAUUAAGUCUUCCCGGCAGAUUAAGUGUCAAGAAUGCAAGGAAGGGGUGCACGAUAAGAGAGGAGCUAAAGCCAAGGGUGGUAAUAAGGGGAAACAUGGGUUUACUUCUUCUGACCCAAAAUCUGACAAGAAAGCUAUUUGGGUCUGUUUGGAAUGUGGCUGUUAUGUUUGUGGGGGUGUCGGUUUGCCAACUGGACCUCAGAGUCAUGUUGUGAGGCAUAUCAGAUUGACUCGCCACCGCUUGGUGAUUCAAUGGGAGAAUCCUCAGCUGAGAUGGUGUUUCCCGUGCCAGUCGCUUCUCCCUGUCGAAAAAGAAGAGAACGGUGAGAAGAAAGAUGUGUUGUCCGAGGUUGUAAACUUGAUGAAAGGACGAUCUUUGAAAAAUUUACCUUCACCUGAUACGGAAGAGCAGAGCUCAGCAAGUGGCAGUAUCACUAGUGAUAUCAAACUGGAAGGUUCUGUGACCAGUGGUAUAGAAGCAAGAGAUGGUUGUGUUGUGCGAGGUUUAGUUAACCUUGGGAACACAUGUUUCUUCAAUUCGAUAAUGCAGAAUCUUCUUUCUUUGGAUCAGUUACGUGAUCAUUUCUUGAAGGAGGAUAUUUCUGGUGUCGGUGGGCCUCUUGCUUCUUCCUUGAAGAAAUUAUUUGCUGAAACAAGACCAGAGGCAGGCUUGAAGAGUGUGAUGAAUCCUAGAGCCUUUUUUGGGUCUUUUUGUACCAAGGCACCCCAGUUUAGGGGAUAUGACCAGCAUGACAGCCACGAGUUGCUACGCUGUUUGCUAGAUUCGUUGAGCACCGAAGAAUCGGCCUUGAGAAAGAGGCGUGGUGCUUCUGAUAAUGAUCAGAAAUCUACGCUCAUAGAUUCUGUCUUUGGAGGUGAAACUUCGAGCAUUGUCUCUUGUAUCGAGUGCGGGCAUUCCUCGAAAGUCUACGAGCCGUUCUUGGAUCUCUCUUUACCUGUACCAUUCAAGAAAACCCCUCCUAAAAAGCAGCAAAUUGUUUCUCGAGUUAAAAAACCUAAGCUUCCACCAAAAAGAGUCCCUAAGAAUGCGGCAAAGGUAAGUAAAGUUUCAAAAGUCCUCCCAACUAAGGCUCUGUCUGAAGUGAAUUCUCCGGUAAAAUCUGCGGUCGUCACAGCUGAUUCAGAUGCAUCCUGUUCCAGUUUUCCACCCAUUGAUAAUGGUGCGGUUUCAGAGACUCCUUCGGUUAUUACCGUUGACAAUAAUCAGGCCUCCGAAAGUGUAACACAAAGUGAUACUGCUUUUGAUAGCUUCUGGUUGGAUGUUAUUGGACCGGAAACCUCUGGAGAUGAGACGAAUUGGGAUAUGGAAGAUGCUGUUAGUGACACGUUCCCAGCAACUGAGGCUAAUCAAAUUGUUCCCGGUUCAAAUAUUCCUGCCAAUACCUCAGUUCCAUUGGGUGAUCAGUCUUUGGAAGGUAACGAUAUUCCUGCCAAUACCUCAGUUUCAUUGGGUGAUCAGUCUUUGGAAGGUAAGGCAGAGACGCUGAUGCAAGAUAAUGACGAAUCUGCAAAGGCAGAAACCAUCUUGGAUGAAAAAGAUGUACAAGCUACGCAGUCUGAUGAAUGCACAGCUACGAGCGGUAUUUCUGCUGAAAUCAAUCAAGUUAGUUGCAUCGGUGGUGAUCCUGGCAUAGGGGAAAGUUCUUCCUCGGUGAAUCCUUGGGAUGAGGAAGAGCUUCCUUUGGUGGUUGCAGAUUCGCAAGUUCUGUACAUGCCAUACAAAGAAAACAUAUCCUACGAUGAUAAAACAGUUGUGGAAGGUGAGGGUGAGGCUUCAUCUUCAUUUGUGACUGGUGAUCAUGAACCACAAAACCAUGAUUUUGUUGAUUUCGGCGGUUUAUUUGAUGAGCCCGAGACUACCGAAGGACCUGUUUUUGGACCUCCUUCAAAGGCUGAAGCUUCGGGAGUUGGGUUUAUGGCGUUCAGCAGCGAGUCUGAUCCGGAAGAAAUCGAUGAUUCAGAUUCACCGGUGUCUGUUGAGAGGUGUUUGGCUCAUUUCACAAAGCCUGAGACUUUGUCGGAUGACAAUGCUUGGAAUUGCGAGAACUGUUCAAAGAACCUGAAACUCCAACGGUUGAGAGAGAACAAAAAAUCCAAAAAUGAUGAAUCGAGAUCAAGCAACACCAGCAACGGAUGGGUGAGUUCAAACGAAGAAGGAGUUUCUGGAGAAACCGUUGUUUCAGCUAUUGAGCAAGAUCCAAGUGAUAGUUUUAAUGUCAAGGAUGAUGGCAUGGGCUCUAACUCAGCACAUGACAGUGAAUCUGAAGACGAAGAAGCUGUAGAUGAUUCUGAGAAACUAGUGACAGUAAAGAGAGAUGCAACUAAAAGAGUACUUGUAAACAAAGCACCGCCUGUCUUAACCAUUCAUCUAAAGCGAUUCAGCCAAGAUCUGCGUGGUAGGCUAAGUAAGUUAAAUGGUCAUGUUGCUUUCAAAGAAUUCCUCGAUCUUCGACAAUAUAUGGACUCAAGGUGCAACGGAGAAGACCCGCCGGUUUACAGGCUGGCUGGGUUGGUGGAGCAUUCAGGGACGAUGAGAGGAGGUCAUUAUGUGGCGUAUGUUAGAGGAGGCCAGAGAGCUAAAGACACUGAUUCCUCCGAACCGGAAACAACUGAACCAGCAGUGGAAACGAUUGAACCGACCCCUACGUCUUCCUCUCUCCCCAAGCAAGCAACAACGGACUUGCCCCCAUUAAAGGGAAAGACAUCGGAGUCUCUGAAACCAAGUGUAUCGCUCAAGUGUGGCGAUUGUGGUGCGCUCUUGAAGUCUGUGGAGGAGGCUCAGGAGCACGCGGAGAUCACCUCUCACUCCAAUUUCGCCGAGUCCACUGAGGCGGUGCUCAAUCUCGUUUGCACUAUUUGCAGCAAGCCUUGUCGCUCUAAAACCGAAAGCGAUUUGCAUACGAAGAGAACAGGGCAUACUGAGUUUGUAGAUAAGACAAUGGAGACGGUCAAACCCAUCAGCUUAGAAGCUCCGAGGGUUGCUAUGGAUAUCGACAACCCUGAUGGUUCUAGUGCUAGUGGAGAGGCUGCUGAAGAAAUGGUUGUCCCGGACGUUGACAAAACCAUUCUCGAGGAACUUGAAGGGAUGGGAUUCCCUAAAGCUCGUGCUACCCGAGCACUCCACUACUCUGGUAAUGCCAGUCUCGAGGCUGCAGUUAAUUGGGUGGUAGAGCAUGAGAAUGAUCCUGACGUAGAUGAAAUGCCAAAGGUACCUGCCAACUCUAAUGUUGGGCCUCCUAAACCUGCUCUUACUCCAGAAGAAGUGAAGAUAAAAGCACAAGAAUUAAGGGAACGUGCGCGGAAGAAGAAAGAGGAGGAAGAAAAACGGAUGGAACGUGAAAGAGAGAAGGAGCGAAUUAGGAUUGGCAAGGAACUCCUAGAAGCAAAGCGGAUGGAAGAAGAUAAUGAAAGAAAACGUAUAAUCGCUUUGCGUAAAGCCGAGAAAGAAGAAGAAAGACGGGCUAGGGAAAAGAUCCGUCAAAAAGUGGAAGAAGAUAAGGCUGAAAGAAGGCGGAAACUCGGAUUGCCUCCGGAAGAUCCUGCAACUGCAAAACCCUCAGUGCCAGUUGUUGAGGAGAAAAAGAGUUCAUUGCCUAUUAGACCCGCCACAAAGACUGAACAAAUGAGAGAAUGCUUGAGGUCCCUUAAGCAAACCCACAAGGAGGAUGAUGCUAAAGUGAAGAAAGCGUUCGAAACUCUGCUGACUUACAUGGGGAAUGUCGCUAAGAAUCCAGAUGAAGAGAAAUUCCGGAAAAUUAGACUCACCAACCAAACAUUCCAGGAGAGGGUUGGCUCACUGAGAGGAGGCAUAGAGUUCCUGGAGCUAUGUGGGUUUGAGAAAAUAGAAGGAGGAGAGUUCUUGUUCUUACCCAGAGACAAGAUCGAUUCAGCCAUUAUCAACUCAGCUGGAACAGAGCUCAAUUCCGCCAUCACCAACCCUUUCUUUGGAGUUCUUUAAAUCGCUAGCUGCUUUAUUGUCUUCCGAUUUCUCUCUCUUUGGUAUUGCGUCAAAUUCUGAAAAAUAUUAAGGUUUUCAACAAUGUAUUAAUAUUUUCGCAAGUGACAAUUUUAUUGUUUUGUCAUAAUAAGUGAGCGUUCAAAAUUCGGAGACCAAAACAAAAUCACGAAAUCGUGAUUUGUUUAGUCGUGUGUGUCUA